UUCUAUUGUGAGCAGCAGUGGCCAAACACACUCGCGCAUGCGCGACGACCACGGAGCCCUCGUGGGGUUAUGUUCAGAGGUCGAUUACUCCGCAACGCAUUACGACGCCUGCUACGGUUGCUGAUGGCGGUGCGGAGAUCGUCAAGGUUGCUGGCCCUCACGGUACUGCUCCUCAGCUGCACUGGUGUCCUGCUAUUCCUAAGAUGCAGAAACAUCUGUGCCACGUGGCUGACGGCGACAAGCUCGGUUUGGCCGACUGAAUCCCUUGCUCGUACAGUUUCACCGGCCACCAACUCGGCCCCGGACCUGAAUUGGACAACCUGUCCAAGCACGAAUGAAGUUCAAUCGGAGCACCACUUCCGCCUUUGGGAUGAAAAGCUUGCGAAAGCACUGCGCCUUUCUGCUCAAGGACCUCCUAGGACGGAGCGGGAGUCAUGGCACGCUGUAACAGACAACAUCCACAUCUUCUCUGCGUUCCUUGUCACCACAAAAGAGCGCGCGAUCCACAUCACGAGCCUCGUGCGAAGCCACGAGCCGAAAGUAAACGGCCCUCCCAUUCAACACCCGCCUCUGGUAUGCAUCAUUCGGACAUCCAACAGUACAAUACGACGUCAAGCCCGUAUCCAACUAGUCUGGACCUGGCUUAAUCCGAGCUUCAAGAAUGCCCUGAUCCUGUGCCCGCCGCUGAACGAAACGACUCUCGCCGAUGAAGACAUUCGAGUGGCAGUCGCCGUUCGAGGUUCUCUCAUGAGUUCUUUGCGAUGGCUCCAGCUGCAUCGGCCGCCAGAGAGGGUCGAAAGGAAGUGUUGUGCCGUGUGCGUCAGGCCGUCCUACGGAUCCUCCAUUAGCCUCUGGAAGAUUGUCGAGUUCAUCUCGCACUACAGACUCGUGGGAGUGAGCACGUUCUACUUCUACGACCUGCAGAUGUCGUCGGACACUAAGCUCCUCCUGGCAAGGCUGCAGUCCGCAGGAGUCGAUGUGACCCUCGUCCCGUUCAAGCUCAUUGCUGACACUGCUGACGUCCACGCACACGGCCAGAUGCCGGGUCUCUACGACUGCAUCUUCCGGUCCAUGUCCAGAACGGAGUACUACAUCCACGUAGACAUUGACGAGCUGAUGGUUCCGCUACGGCAUUCCAUCAUCCCGGCCAUGGUCCAGGAGUUGGAACGUGAAGGCAACGGUUCCGUCACAAGCUUAGUCGUCAGAAGCAGGUACUAUUGCUCCGAAUACCCUCUGAACUUGCAAUAUUCCAGGCUGGAGGACCUGCCCCUUCAAACAAGACUGUUCACCUACCACUCCGUGGACCUGUAUCAGGCGGACUUCACGAAGCACAUUGCUCGCUCCAGGUCGGUUUGUGAAGCAGGUGUUCAUAGGGUCAACCAGCACUGCACAGGAUACAAUCAGCUCCUUGUGGACAGUUCGGUGGCCUUCAUUAACCACUACAGACGCUGCUGCGAGUUCACGCCAGAAAGCGCUGUGCACAAAUGGAACAUCUCCCUUUGGAACAUCAGUCACCUUGCUGUUCACUACUCAUUCAUGGAGCUUUCAAUGCGUAUUGAAAGUGAUCCGGUAGUGAGGACGAUAAGGAAUCUAAUACCUUAAGAUCAGGGCCAUUGAUCGACAGACAAAAAUUAGCUUCAGCUGUGUUAGUUAACCACCCUUCUACAAUACCAAAAAAAGUAGGGGUGUGCAAAUAUCAAAAUUUUCAAAUAUAGAAACGAAUAAUGAUAUGCACAUGCACUUAUUAUCAAGUUGAGCUAAUUUGUUAUGUUGUAACGUUGCAAUUACAUUGCCAAUGUUACAAAACUAGACUAGUAAGCUGUUAUAACGCAUUGUGUAUUUGGCUCAUGCUAACUGGGAUAAUUCUGUAAUUCCCACUAGCUGUCCUCGCCAGCCUGUGCCUUAUACCGCAUCAAAUGCCCGUAAACUCGGAGGCAUUUGACCCUGUGCCAGUCUUCACACAUCGCACUUGCUGUCAAGCAAUAAGCUUAGAAUUGGUGGUGGCGCUGCAAAAAAAGUGCAUCCUUGCUGCCCGCAAGCCCGUGCCCCUUGCUAUUGAGAGGCUUGCUUUCCCGCAAAGGUUACGCGUUUAGUGGCUAAGUGUGCUUUACAGGCCAAAUUUCGCCAACAAGAAAUUAUCGCAACAUUCAGCACAAUGUCGCCUCAAUAUUCUUAGAUUAGAUAGAAACAAAUGCCAAGAACCGUGUUUGCUCCCACACGGCCAGCAAUAUAUGCGAUUUGAUUUGAAUAUUCGCAUCCAACCGAAUAUUGGAACAUUUUCCAAUAUCUAUUUUUCGAAUCGACUUCGAAUAUUAAAUAUAUUUGAUAGUAUUCAAACUUCUCGAAUAAUCAUACACUCCUACAAAAAAGCCACUCUUAUUGUGAGAAGAGUAUUUGUAAAUCACAAAAGAGGGAAAAAGAACUAAACAUGGGGGUCUAUGUCACAUAUGGUUAACUCCUGCACCAGCUCUUCGUGACGUCAUGAAUUUUGAUGCCCUCUGCUUAGGCCUAGUGCAUUUCUUACUGGUGAAAGUGGACCACGUUGUAUUCUAGAGCGGCCAAAGACUAAACGUAGCCUGUUUGAAGAAUGUUUGCCGAGGCACAAUGGUCGAAAUACAUACGUAAAAAAUAGUUUGAAAUUCGAGACACUACUCAGACGUACCGACCCUGAAGUUUCGGCACGAAAUUCAGCAAAUUUGAACUUUGACCUUCAUAUUCUCUUCUAAUAAUUAACCUAAUACUACGAAUUUAACGAAAAUAGAGUUUCGAAAAAAUGCUCUAUUAGUCUAAACUGAUUUAGUGUUUCUCUUUCGUGUCUCUUUAAGAGUGUUGACAAUGCCAACAGGAAUAAAACAUAAAAAAUCUCCUUUUGGGCCCUGUUUUACACAAAGGUCAUAAUCACUGCUUCUAGAUGAUAAAUGGACCCUUUUCAUAAUUGUAAAGCUAAAGCUAGCUUUCCUGUGAGGCAGUGUGUCGAGCUAACGAAAGUUAAGCAUUCUUGCAAUGAGUGCACACGAGCAGUUUGCUUGCCUUAUGACGCUAAAAAUGCAGACAUGGUUCCUGUGAUGAAACCAUGUGCAAGAGACAAGACCUCUAUUCGAUCCAUGACCAGUGCUGCUAUCAGUCGGGCCAACGGGCAAUGUAGAAAAGAGUGCUUGCAAACAAGGAAAAGGGUUUAUUCAUAGUAAUUUAAUCAAUAUGUCACAUGACCAGAGCGCACAGGAACAUGAGUAUUCAGCAGGCCACAGAAUACGAAUAAAAGUGCGUUUAGACUUCCACGGCAUAGAGGAAGUGUGAUGAAGGUGUGAUGAAAGUGUGAGAUAGACAGAUGCGGGUGUGCAACUCUGCAGAAAAGAAAGAAGAGUGCAUUUGUAGAGGGGUGAGCCGCUGCCUUUCGUUGUUGUUGCCAGCGACUUUGGACGCUGCAGCCUGGGUGCUUGCUUUGGUUAAGCGUGAUGACGCCUGUAAGGGAGAUUUCAUGGCACACAGCGGCAUAUCACAACUCAGGCCAAUGACCCAACAAAAAGUGCCUGUCUCCUGUGCCACGACAACCAACUUAGCACCACAUUGCUCUAUGCUGCAGUCAUCGCAACAACUGUGCGUGUGAUUGAUUGCCAGUUCCAGACCCAGACAAUCGUUUACCAUUUCUACUGCCAAGUGCAGACAAUGAGACCCUGCUCGUGCGUUUUAGUUACUGAGAAAUGAUAAUUUAACAUAUCUUGCUGGCACAUUCAGCAAACAUAGCCUGGCAUCCAAACGAACCUCUAUGAGUUCAGAGUUGUCAUGCACUAUUUUACAACGGUCCUUCUUUAUAUGCGUCUUGUACGGUCAUUGUACAUAAAAAGUUUUUGUGUUC